GACACAAAAAUGCAAACAAUACAGACCGCCUUGUCCCGUGUCACGUGUGCGCUUUCUGGAUUUUCGAUUUCUUUCCACUAAGCUUAGCUUAGCAGAUAGAUAUAGCCAUGGCUGCGACCUCCGCUUCUCCGAUUACCGAUUCCGACACCGAUUUCGAUACCUUUCCAAACCCUAAACCUACCUCCAAUCCUUCUAAUGCGCUCGUUCCUUCCGGCCCCGCCGUCUGCCUUCUCAGAUUCGCCGGUGACUCCGCCGCCGGCGCUUUCAUGGGCUCCAUCUUCGGCUACGGUGCGGGUCUUGUAAAGAAAAAGGGCUUUAAAGGAUCAUUUUCAGAGGCAGGAUCCUCUGCCAAGACGUUUGCAGUUUUGUCUGGAGUUCAUAGUUUGGUUGUCUGCAUUUUGAAGAGGAUUCGAGGAAAGGACGAUGUUAUUAAUGCUGGAGUAGCUGGAUGUUGCACAGGUCUUGCUCUCAGUUUUCCGGGUGCACCCCAGGCCCUUCUGCAGAGCUGCCUUACCUUUGGAGCAUUCUCAUUUAUCAUUGAAGGCCUUAAUAAGCAGCAGCCAGCUCUGGCACAUCCAUUCUCUGCAAGAACGAAAAGUCAGCGCCACGAUAUCCAUCCUCCAAUGGCACUUCCUCUCCAAUUUCCGCUCCCAAAUGAACUGAAAGGGGCUUUCUCCUCAUUCUGCAAGUCUUUACAGAAACGCGACAAGGGUGCCAUCCCCACAGCCCGCUGAGAAAUUAGUGGUCUUUAUGCGUUUCUUAUUUGUAUCCUUUUUUUUGUCUUC